AUGGUUGGACGACAAGCUGGCGUUGCCGCCAAAUUGCGAGCUGAAAUAGAAAUGGUAAAUCCCGGGUCAUCAUUUGCUCAUUUUCAUUGUAUUAUUCAUCAACAAUAUUUGUGCUCAAAGAUAUUAAAAAUGGAAAAUAUUAUUAGUUUGGUCACGAAAACAGUAAACUAUAUCAGAGGUCAUCCCCUCAACCACCGGCAGUUUAGUAAACUGCUGACAGAUAUUAAUAAUCAGUUCAGCAAUGCAGAUGAAAGUUUACAAAUGGAACUAUUGGAAAUCCAAUCAGAUUCUAUACUUAAAGCUAAAUAUUUGGAGGUUGGAAUACCUGCUUUCUUUUCAUAUCUUCCUGGAAAGUUUAAAAACUUUAAAAAGUUUGCGACAAAAAUCAUUGCUAUGUUUAAUUCGACAUAA